AUGAUCAGCUCGGGAAAUUGGGCACAAAUAAUUAUUUUCUCAUUGACUUGGAAAGAUUUACGAUUCAAAGUGAUCUACUGGGAAGACGUUGAGUUGUGCGUGCUCGACUGGUCGGCCACAUCAGCCUACUUUGGUACGUUAGCUCUACUCGUUUUUGGCCCAGCUCUUUUGACGAUCAUGAGCUCUGGAUGGAAAAUCAUUCGAGCGAUGAGGAGUCCAUCUGCCGAGUGUCCAUCGAAUUGUCUCCAAAAUACGGACACUUGCACGAAUGGUGUGUCGAUAAAACAAACGGGUGCAAAAACGAUCGAAAUCGAACUCUUUGCGAAUAAUCUUCCCUAUAUGGGAUGGAUGGCGAUGGGAUUUCAAGGAGUCGCUUGCAAGAAUAUUGAAGGAACUGGAGGACCGUGUAUGGCAAACACACCGGUGACAGAAUGCUCAUGGACAAAUGGACGACAAAUGACGGCUGGACUCUCAUACAAUGAUGCGACUCCACAAAAUCUUCGGAUUACGAAUGUUGAUGCUCUGAUGAAAGCGAUUAAUUUCACGCAAGAAGUUGUGACUCAAGUCGAGAAUAUGACAUAUUGUCGAGUAUCACAAAUGGUUACAGCCGCUCCACUCAAUGGAGUUUUUGAUGCGGAUAAAGUUUUUCAACAAGAUUCAUCCAAAAACUAUUCGAUUCUGAAUGCAGUUGGACCGGGAAAUGGGACCACAAUUUCCAAGCAUACUGCCAUCGCUCUCUCGCAACUCCGUUAUCCAGUGAUGGCGCCAGUCAACUCAAAUGCUACCACUGUAGCUUCAAUUCCAACUACUACACGUGCCAGGUCAUCGUUAUUUCCGCGAUAUUCCGCUCUCAAUAUGCCGUUUGAUUUCAACGAGUGUUUAACGAAAAAACAUUGUGUUUUUGGACCAGCGAAUUGCGAAAAGGAUAAAUCCUGUAUUCACGGAGCGAGCAUUAGAUUGCUGGAGAAGAAAGAGAGUGAAGUGAUCGAAGUGGAGAUGUGGUCGUCGGAUCUCCCAGAAUGGAUGGGAGUAGGUGUUCAGUCAAAGGAAUGCGAUGAGGUUGAGGGAAAUGGAGGACCGUGUUUUGCCAACACCCCGACAGUCGAUUGUUCGGUCACUGGAAAAGGGAGCAAAAUCGGCCUCUCCUAUAUGGACUCGUUCGCUCGAAACACUCGAAUCAAUAAUGUUAAGGAGUUGAUGAAUUUGACGGAAUUGCGAAGCCUUCGUUUCACCAAGAAUAGAAUCACCUAUUGUAAAGUGGAAAUGCUCAAUGGAAUGUCGAUGAAAGGAGUCGGGAAUGGGCACAAGGUUCUCCAGAUCGAUCCGACCAAAUCGUAUCUGUUGUUGACCGCUCAAGGGCCCAGCAAUGGAACAACUUUCACCUCGUCUUUGAUCUCGACGAUUCGAGCGGGUUUCGGAAAAGGAACCUCUAGAGGCACACAAGCACCAAUCCUCAGAACUAAGAAAGGAUUCGACACAACAAUUGAGAGCACAAAGAAAGUCGCGCCUUUUAUCAGUUACACCAAAUCAAUGAGACGAUUUAUUACGAAAAGGACGACACAAAGUCCUAUUGGACCAAUGGUGAGAAUCGAGUCGUUCAGCACGAUGGAGGUCGAGCUGUUCACGACGAAAGUCCAAGAGAAGAUCACGAACACGUGGAUGGGAUUGGGAUUUCGCGAUAAAAGCCAAUGUCAACCGUAUUGUACGGAUAUGGAUCAGUGCCCCGAUCAGUGCUAUCAAAAUACGCCAUUCAUUGAGUGUGCGACGUGGGGAGACGAGAAUUUGGUGCCCGCACUCUCGUACAACAAUUUCGACGAAAGCAAAAAACAGGAGGGACUCUAUUAUGUGGAAACGGAUAUGGGAGUGCUUGAAAGCAUGGAAACAUUCUUAAACGACACUUACUUGUAUUGUCGAAUGAAACAAUGGAUUCAAGGAGAUGCCGCGGCGGCAAAUGUGAAAAAACACAAGGACGCGAAUUAUGUGUUGGUUUACAAUAAACAACUCGAGUACGCAAUGAUGACAACUUGGGGAUCGACUAAGGGAGUGAAUGACGGGGCGAAUAAGUGUCAGUUUAAAGAAAAGGCGUUUUUC